ACCACGGCACGUUCAGCUUUAAGCAGCAAAGUAUAGGAUCAGCACUUCACGGUCAAGAGGGAAAGUGCUGCGGCAGAUUGGAAGAUGAAGACCCGCAUUGUUGACGCCAAUUUUCCUCGCACGCUCGACCAGCGUGUCUAUCACCUUGGCCUUCGCGCUGGUGAAGUGGCCAAUCGUAUUAUCACGCUAGGCACACCUUCGCGGGCUCAUGGCAUCGCUUCUUACCUGGACCCAGUCCCGAUCGCGUUUAAACUCACGUCUGAACGUGGUUUUACGACCAUUACUGGUCGUUACAAGGGAGUGCCCGUUUCGAUUGUCAGCAUUGGGAUGGGUCAUCCGAACGCGGAUUUCUUUGUGCGGGAGGUAAGAGAAUGUUUGAACGGCGAGAUGGUUGUGGUGAGGCUCGGGUCUUGUGGCGCCCUCAUUGAUGUUCCCGUGGGAUCUGUCGUAGUUCCUAAGGGUAGUAUUGCUGUUACGAGGAACUAUGAUUUCGACUUCGUGUCCGGAGCGUCGGAAGGGCAACCUUACCGACUAAGCAAGCCGGUGAUGGCGGAUCAGCUCCUGCACGAAGCGAUAGUCAAGGCAUUGAGAACGACUCAACCUACGGGGAUCAACACAUCAAUUGUAGACCACGCCCUCAAUGCGUCUGCAGACAGCUUCUACUCUUCACAAGGACGCCAAACGUCGUUUCCGGACCAUAACUCGGACCUUAUUUCUCGCCUCAUGACCGGACACAGAGAUCUGGCCACAUUCGAGAUGGAAACGUUCCAUAUCUUGCACCUUGCAGCGUGCUGGGCACCCGAAGUGAAACCGAGUAGCGCAGAAGCGCCCCCUCUUCAACACGCACCAACUGAGCCUUCCAUCCCAUCUGCCGCGCACUCACCAUCCACCCAGACAAACAUUUCUGAUGUCGUCGCCUCUUCCUCCGGGAGCGAGUUGCUAAGGCCUCCACCCCGCAUCCGGGCGGCAGCUGCUCAGAUGGUGUUUGCCUCACGCACGUCACAGGACUUCAUAACACCCCAGGAUGUGGCGAAGAUAGAGGCGUGGACAGGGCGUGCUGUGCUGGAAGCUUUGGCCGGGAUCGAGAUCGAGCCUGACAGGUUGCACGAGGAGGUUGGAAGUGUAUGGGAAUUAAAGGACGACGCUGAGGCGGUCCCCCGAUAGACGGGGAGGGAACAUGUUGCCUGAUUUGUCAUGAUGGACACACAGGACAUAUUGAGGAAUAGAAAUCGUAUAGAGAAGUGUCAC